UCACAAAACAGCCACUGUUCCUGAGGGCUUAUUCUGUGACAGGGGAUACAGAGAAAACAACUAUACAAGCGGCAAAAAUGGGGCUAGCAUCAUCCCUGGAGAAUGAGGAAAUAUUUGCAGGUAUUUAAAUGUCUGGGAAGGGACAUGGUUAAAAAUCUGGCUCAUGAGGCAAAGACCCGGAGAACAGGAAGCAGCUACCCCUAUCUUGGGGAGACAGUUUAAGCAACAGGGACAACAGAAGCAAAGAUGAUUCCCUGGCAUAAUGAAGGAACAACAGGGAGGGCACUGAGUGAAUGGGGAAAUCAUUAAUGUGGCUGCUUAUGACUAAACUUAGAAUUCUGGGAAUGCAGAUGUUCACUGAAGUAACAUAUACAUAUAAGAAACAUGAUUCCGGUGACAGAAUUCCGGCAGUUCUCUGAGCAGCAGCCUGCCUUCCGGGUGCUGAAACCAUGGUGGGAUGUGUUUACGGAUUACCUCUCUGUGGCCAUGCUGAUGAUCGGUGUGUUCGGAUGCACUUUACAGGUCAUGCAAGACAAGAUAAUCUGCCUUCCAAAAAGAGUGCAGCCUGCUCAGAACCACUCAUCUGUUUCAAAUGUCUCUCAAGCAGUUGCCAGUACCACCCCGUUGCCUCUACCCAAACCAUCUCCUACCAACCCUGCCCCUGUGGAAAUGAAAGGAUUGAAAACAGAUCUGGAUCUUCAGCAGUACAGUUUCAUAAACCAGAUGUGUUAUGAACGAGCCCUCCACUGGUAUGCCAAGUAUUUCCCCUACCUUGUGCUCAUCCAUACUUUGGUCUUCAUGCUCUGCAGUAACUUUUGGUUCAAAUUCCCUGGAUCCAGCUCCAAAAUAGAACAUUUCAUCUCCAUCCUGGGAAAAUGUUUUGACUCUCCCUGGACAACACGGGCUUUAUCUGAAGUAUCUGGGGAGGACUCAGAAGAAAAGGACAACAGGAAGAACAAUAUGAACAGGUCCAAUACCACUCAGUCUGGUCCAGAGGGCAGCCUGGUCAACUCUCAGUCUCUGAAGUCAAUUCCUGAGAAGUUUGUGGUUGACAAAUCUACAGCAGGGGCUCUAGAUAAAAAGGAAGGUGAGCAAGCAAAAGCCUUAUUUGAGAAGGUAAAGAAGUUCAGGCUACAUGUGGAAGAAGGUGAUAUACUCUAUGCUAUGUAUGUUCGCCAGACUGUACUCAAGGUUAUCAAAUUCCUCAUCAUCAUUGCAUAUAAUAGUGCUCUGGUUUCCAAAGUCCAAUUUACAGUGGAUUGUAAUGUUGACAUUCAGGACAUGACUGGAUAUAAAAACUUUUCUUGCAAUCAUACCAUGGCACACUUGUUCUCAAAACUCUCCUUUUGCUACUUGUGCUUUGUAAGUAUCUAUGGAUUGACAUGCCUUUAUACCUUAUAUUGGCUAUUCUACCGCUCUCUAAGGGAAUAUUCUUUUGAGUAUGUCCGGCAGGAGACUGGAAUCGAUGAUAUUCCAGAUGUGAAAAAUGACUUUGCUUUUAUGCUUCAUAUGAUCGAUCAGUAUGAUCCUCUUUAUUCCAAGAGAUUUGCAGUGUUCCUGUCUGAAGUCAGUGAAAACAAACUAAAACAGCUAAACUUAAAUAAUGAGUGGACUCCUGAUAAACUGAGGCAGAAACUGCAGACAAAUGCCCAUAAUAGACUGGAAUUGCCUCUAAUCAUGCUUUCUGGCCUUCCAGACACUGUUUUUGAAAUCACAGAGUUGCAAUCUCUAAAACUUGAAAUCAUUAAGAAUGUAAUGAUACCAGCCACCAUUGCACAGCUAGACAAUCUCCAGGAGCUCUCUCUACACCAGUGCUCUGUCAAAAUCCACAGUGCAGCUCUCUCUUUCCUGAAGGAAAACCUCAAAGUCCUGAGUGUCAAGUUUGAUGACAUGAGGGAGCUGCCCCCAUGGAUGUAUGGGCUGCGGAAUCUGGAAGAGCUUUACCUAGUUGGCUCUCUAAGUCAUGAUAUUUCCAAAAAUGUCACCCUCGAGUCUCUGCGGGAUCUCAAAAGCCUUAAAAUUCUCUCUAUCAAAAGCAAUGUUUCCAAAAUCCCUCAGGCGGUGGUGGAUGUUGCCAGCCAUCUCCAGAAGAUGUGCAUACAUAACGAUGGCACCAAGCUGGUGAUGAUCAACAAUUUAAAGAAGAUGACCAAUCUGACAGAGCUGGAACUGGUCCACUGUGAUCUGGAGCGCAUUCCUCAUGCUGUGUUCAGCCUGCUUAGCCUCCAGGAACUGGACCUGAAAGAAAACAACCUGAAAUCUAUAGAAGAAAUCGUGAGCUUCCAGCAUUUGAGGAAGUUGACAGUGCUAAAACUGUGGCAUAACAGCAUCACCUACAUCCCAGAGCAUAUAAAGAAACUCACCAGCCUGGAACGACUGUCCUUUAGUCACAAUAAAAUAGAGGUGCUGCCUUCCCACCUCUUCCUAUGCAACAAAAUCCGAUACUUGGAUUUAUCCUACAAUGAUAUCCGAUUCAUCCCACCUGAAGUCGGAGUUUUACAAAGUUUACAGUAUUUUUCCAUCACUUGUAACAAAGUGGAAAGCCUUCCAGAUGAACUUUACUUCUGCAAGAAACUUAAGACUUUGAAGAUUGGAAAAAAUAGUCUAUCAGUACUCUCACCGAAAAUUGGAAAUUUACUAUUUCUUUCCUACUUGGAUGUCAAAGGGAAUCACUUUGAAAUCCUCCCUCCUGAACUGGGUGACUGCCGGGCUCUGAAGCGAGCUGGUUUAGUUGUAGAAGACACUCUCUUUGAAACUUUGCCCUCUGAUGUCCGGGAGCAAAUGAAAGCAGAAUAACUUUACUUUUCAUCAAAGUUUGACUGAAACAUGCUUCUACCAAAUACAGUAUAAAUAAUUAGGUUAGUCUUAAUACCUUUCCUAUUUCAUUUUUUUUCUUUUUCACACAAAACAAAAUGUACACAAAGAUUGAGUGAGGACUAUGUAUUUUUAAUAAAAAUUUAAUUGUAUUUUUUCAAUAUUAAUAUUUUAAAGUUUUAUUUGUCUUGGAACCUAAUGGAUCUAUUAUUAUUUUCUACUUACAGAAACAGAUGGUUCCGUCUUUUUUUUUGGUUUUAUUUUUUCAGUUUAUUGUUGUGAAAGGGAGGGAAUUAUAAGUUGCAUGCAUUUGGCAUAUUGUAAAUUGAUGAAGAUAUUUUUGCCAAGGUCAUUUUUAGCUUGUUUACACCUGUACAUGGUACUUGCAAUUGUUUUCAUCAUGUAUGUACCAACAAAUCUGUGCUAAUUGUUUUUUAAUAUCAGUUGCCUUCUUUGACCAAGUCUUUCUACAGAAGAAUGUUCUUUAGAGUAUAAACUCACAUAAGUGCAUACUCACAGAGUAUUAUGUUAAAAUUUUUUACCUUUCUCCAACAGAACCCUAAAUUGCAUAAUUUCGUAUAUCAAAUAGUUGUAAUUAUCCUUAGGCAAGGAGUUUGCAGAUGGGUAAAGAAAGCGAUCUUUGGUGGUUGGCAUGCUUGAAUUGGUCAUUUAUAAUUUAGCUGAUUUGCAUUUUUACCAACAUUUUUUAAAGUAUCACUUAUAAACUACAGAAGCUUUUUUUUUUUAAUCUCAGUACUGCUAUGUGGUACUGGUGGACAGCCUUAGAGAAAUUAGAUUUAUUUUAGUAUUCUAGUAGGUAAUUAAAUUUAAAAAGCAUAGAAUUAGAAGCCUGUUUUGGGAGUAAUUUAAUCAUCUUUGAUAUCCUGAUAUGUGGAUGCAUCAGAUGGAAAAAAUUUCACUACUAAAGCACUCUGUUAAAGAGCUGGUGUAUUCAGGACCUAUCCCUUCCUCAGGGCACCAUGGCAUUCAAAUUCUGCCUGUUAUACAAAAUAAUACACAUAUAUAUAUAUAUCAAUCGAUUUUCUACAACCCCUCUCUUGCUGUGUACUAGUGAUACAAGCACGGGAACUCUGCUUUCUGACAAUAUAUUUCUCAUCUGAAAUGAUUGUUACUUUCUUAAAAAUAUAAAAAAACUUCUAAGUGGUGUCACUUAGCAAUAAUUUUUGCCUGAUGAUCAGCAGAGCUUUUAUUUACCUUUUGUACUUAAAAAUCCAACAGAGUAUGAUAUUUGGGCCAAAUACUUCACUGACUGACCUAGAAAGUUUUAUAAUGUAACAGUAAAAGAAAGUAAGAAGAUGAUUUGGAGUCAAAAUGCUGUUUUAAAAUAUUGCUUCUUGAGGCUGGAAAUAUAGCUCAGUGGUAGAGCACAUGCAUAGCGAAAGUGUUUCUUGAUCCUAAUGAAUUUGCACAAUGCUACUUUGAGUUGUACACAGAAGGCAAGUAUGGGAACUGGUUGGCAGAUACAUGUGCCUCAGUUGUGUUUUAAAACUAAAUCUUCAUGAUGGGGUGAAGGAUUAUGAAGAGAGAUCUAUUUCAUUUGUCUAAUCCAAUCAUGUAGAUCACAAUGCUUCAUAUUUUUUUGUUCUGUGUUAAAGUUGACGAUUUUGUAUAGCUUAUUUAAAUAGACCUGGUGUUGAAACUAUAAUAGUUUUGUUUUUCAUUUUGUUUGGGGGGCGGGGGCCCUUUUUGAUACUGGAGAUCAAACUCAGGACCUUGCCCUCGGGAGGCAGGCAGCCGCAUCACUGAGCUAAAUCCUUGGCCCGAAAUUAUAAUAGUUUUAAGUAGUUACUUGAUUAUAGUUCUUAUAUGAUAAAAAUAUUCAGUUCUACAAUAUUGGGAGCCUGAGUAUGAACAAGUAAGCUUAGACAGCUUAGUAAGCUUAGAUAGCAAAACACUGGCUAAACUCUUUUUCUAGAUUAAAAUUUAUAGUUAUUCAAUAUGUCACCCUUAAAAAGGGAUCUAUUCAGGUUAAAAGUCACAUUUAUGCUGCUCUUUAUCUGGUAUUAACUAGUAAUCUCAUCUGAAUUCAUAACUGAAAUAGGUCACUGAUAAUUCUCCUUUAUCACUUACUCAAAAUUCCAAAAGAAUUUGAUUUGUUUUCUUAAUGUCUUCACAAGCUGACUUCCAACUGAAGAUGUAAAUAACAUCAAGUCGAUAUAAUUCUAUGACUUUAUGUUUUAACUAAGAAGAAAUAUCUUUCUAUUAGGUUUUAUAGCAAUUCAAAAGUCUCAAAAUUAACUUUUUAAUCUAAAUUUUCUGACUCUAGCCCUUUUUAAUUUUAUAAGCUUUUGUUCGAUUCAAUGGGAAACUCAGGUAAAUGAACUGCUGACUUUUCUAAAGUUCUUUAACUGAUCAACUCACUGUAUAAGGAUAGUUACCUAAUCACAUUCUUUGUUUUACAAGUGCUCUUGCUAAAAAGGAACAGCUAGCUCUACUUCUACAACCUCUACAGGAUUUAUGAGAAAUUGCUGUGUAAAUAUAAAAACACCAUAUGUAUUCUUAUAAUAUGCUAGUUUAUGAUUUCUGAUAUUAAAAAAGAGAAAACAAAAUCUUUGUUUCAUUAACAUUUCUCUGAAGAGGAAUUUUGCUGUUUUUUGCUAUUUUCUACUGUAAGAAAAGUAUUCUUUAAGUAGAUUAUCUCUGAUGUAAGUUCAUACCAAAUACCUGAUCAACAGUAAUGAUAUCUUAAAUAGUGAAUAUUCAUGAUCCAUCACAAGGAAAACUGUCAGCAGUACUUAGCAGUGAACAGAUAAGGUAAAUGUCAAUAUAAUUCAAAUUUGGUUUUAGAGAGCAAAUUAAGAUUCAAUUAAUUCUCCUAUGAAUCCUGAAUGUGAUAAUGCUAUUCAAACAUUCCACAUUUGGGUUAGGAGCUCAAUAACUCAGGACAGGGUUCUCUACUAAUCUCAAAUUAGCAAAACAACGUAAGUAUUUGUGAGAAGACUGAAGAGUAUAUAGAAUUUUCUCAGAAUUUUUUCAGUACUGGGGAUUGAACCACGGGCCUUUGCAGUAAGCUAUAUCUCAGCUUUUUUUUUUUUUUUUUUUUUUUUUUGAUACCAGGGAUCAAACUCAGGACCUUGUACUUGUG